AUGGCCCCAAAGCAGGACGAGUAUGACUUUGUUGUCGUCGGCGGUGGCACUGCCGGCCUGGCUGUGGCCGCACGCCUGACCGAGAACCCAGAUAUCUCUGUUCUUGUCCUAGAGGCCGGCAGCAAUGCUCUGCAGGACCCCAGAAUCGCUGUCCCGGCGAUGUGGUCCGCCAUCUUGGGCACCGAGCUCGACUGGGACUUCCUGACGACACCCCGGGAGAACCUCAAUGGGCGUCAAAUCGGCCAGCCGCAAGGUCGCCUCCUAGGCGGAUCAAGCGGCCUCAACGCAGAGGUGUUUGUCCCGCCCUCCGCGGAGGACUUCAAUGAGUGGGAGGCCCUGGGGAACCGCGGCUGGGGCUGGGACUCUCUGGGCCCGUACUUCCGCAAGUUCCACACCCUGGUGCCACCAGGUGCCAAGCUGCGCGAGCACGUGGGCAUCAGCCGGAUCGACGACAAGGUGACGGCGAGCAGCGGCCCGGUCCAGGCGAGCUUCACCGACUCGCCCGAGAACCCCCUGGGCAAGGCCUGGGCCGAGGCUUUCGAGAGGCUCGGCGGCGGCACGCGCAGCUACUCUGCCAGUGCCUACUAUGCACCAGCGUCUCAGCGCCCCAAUCUGGACGUGUCGACCGGCGCCAAUGCCAGGGAGAUCGUACUGGAGGGCUCCACGGCUCGUGCCGUUGUGUUCACUGGCAAAGAUGGCGAGCAUCAAGUCAAGGCGAAGCGCGAGGUCAUCCUCGCGGCCGGGGCGUUCCAGACCCCGAAGUUGCUGGAGCUCUCGGGCAUCGGCGACAAGUCCCUGCUCCAGAGGCUCGGCAUCACCUGCAAGGUGGACAACCCCGGCGUCGGCGAGAACCUCCAGGACCACCUGAUGACGGGUAGCACCACUCCGGACCCCCUGGCAAGCGGCGCACUGAUGAGCUACGCCUUCACGCCCAUCCUCGCGGGCACGAUCGAGAAACUCGACGCGGGUGCUCAGAAGAGCCUCGAGCAGGCCAUCGAGGACUUACAGCACAAACAACGACCCUUCCACAUCGGCCAACCAGCGCUCCGCGGCCGAGCCAAGACAGAGAGCACAGGCGCGCUCUUCGCCCUCCCCGUCCAAGUGAACCUGCACAACGGCCCCAAGCAGAUCGGCAUGACGACCGACCCGGUGCAGGGCAACUACCUCAGCAUCGGCGCGGCCCUCGUGCACCCUCUCUCGCGCGGGAGCAGCCACAACACAUCCGCCGACCCCCACCCCUUCGACAUCGAGGUGUACGCGCGGCACCUCAUGGCGGUCGAGGCUCUCGCGGCGACGGAGCCGCUGGCCGCGCUGCUCAAGCCCGGCGGGCGGCGCGCGCAGCCCGGGCCGCACGGGGCGAGGGCCGACACCGCCGAGCGCGCCAGGGACUACAUCCGCGCCACGGCGCUCAGCAACAACCCACCCCGUGGGCACGUGCUGCAUGGCGCCGCGGGACUGAGGGUGUACGGGGCGAACACGCAGACGACGGUUUAUGCUGCUGCGGAGAAGGCGGCAGACCUGAUCAAGUAG